CCCUCCCCUCCCCUCUUAUCCCGAUCCCUCCUCACAUAAUGUGUUGCUCAUAUCAUCAAACUUCGGGUCCGCGUCCGUGACCAGGACUCCGACCAGAACCAAACCCACCCGAAGGCAAUCAACACCUCCCCAGAAAGGAAAGAAAGAAAGAAACAGAAGUCCCACUUUAAGGGGCCGAAAGCGGCGCCAUUCAGCGUGAAACCCCGCAGACUCGCCUGCAGGCGGACCCGGCGAGCAGCACCUUGGGAGACGCUGGUCCAUUCGCGCGCAACGGACGACAAGCAGACAGGGCUCGAUCCGAGUGUCAGGGAAUCGAACCCGAACGCACAAAACCAAAGCAAGGUCACCUUGUGUGGAGUCCAACACAGCUGAGGCUCAGGUCUUUUUGUCUUCUUCUUCAUCUCGGAGUGGUUCAAAGAGUACCAGCAGUAGUCUCUCCUUCCGGACAGAGGAUUCACUUUUUAUUAGUGGGGAACAGCACUUCACCUGGACCCACAUUAUCACGGCUCGGGAGUGAUGGCGGCAUCUGCACCCUCCUCCUCUGGCGGCGAGCCGGAUCCCAACUCCACCAAUUUACGACCACCGGGCUCAAGCUAUGAUGCCUGGUGUGGAGUUGCCCAUGGAUGUACUAGGAAAUUGGGAAUGAAGAUAUGUGGGUUUUUGCAGAAGAACAACAGUUUGGAGGAAAGGAGCCGGAUUGUGAGUUCCUUCAAAGAGCGCGCGGCCAGGAACCUGAUGUCCUGCGAUAACGCGGGAGAAGAUGCGCAUUUCAGACGCGCGGAGAACGACUUCUCCAACAUGUUCGCAAGAGAUCUGUUGCCUGCCAAAAAUGGAGAGGAACCGACCAUGCAGUUUCUGCUGGAGGUUGUGGAAAUCCUCACCAACUACGUGCGGAAGACUUUCGACAGAUCCACCAAGAUUCUGGACUUCCACCACCCCCACCAGCUGCUGGAGGGCAUGGAGGGCUUCAACCUGGAGCUCUCUGACCAGCCCGAGUCUCUGGAGCAGAUCCUGGUGGACUGCAGGGACACCUUGAAGUACGGAGUGAGAACAGGUCACCCCCGGUUCUUUAACCAGCUGUCCACUGGAUUAGAUAUCGUUGGCUUGGCAGGGGAGUGGCUCACCUCCACGGCCAACACUAACAUGUUUACCUAUGAGAUCGCCCCUGUCUUUGUGCUCAUGGAGCAGCUGACUCUGAAAAAGAUGAGGGAGAUGGUCGGCUGGCCUGGUGGAGAGGGCGAUGGGAUAUUUUCUCCAGGAGGAGCAAUCUCCAACAUGUACAGUGUGAUGAUUGCCAGAUACAAGUUCUUCCCUGAAGUUAAGACCAAAGGCAUGGCAGCUGCACCCAGGCUGGUCCUCUUCACCUCGGAGCACAGCCACUAUUCCAUCAAGAAAGCCAGUGCCGCUCUGGGCUUUGGGACUGAGAACCUGAUCCUUUUGAACACAGAUAAGAGAGGGAGGGUCAUUCCUGCUGAUUUGGAAGCCAAAGUAAUAGAGGCCAAGCAAAAGGGCUAUGUUCCAAUGUUCGUGAACGCCACCGCCGGCACCACCGUCUAUGGGGCCUUUGAUCCCAUCAAUGAAAUUGCAGACAUCUGUGAAAAGUACAACAUGUGGCUUCACGUGGACGGAGCCUGGGGAGGAGGCUUGCUGAUGUCCAGAAAGCACAAACACAAGCUGAAUGGAAUAGAGAGGGCCAACUCGGUCACCUGGAACCCUCAUAAAAUGAUGGGAGUGCCGCUGCAGUGCUCUGCCGUUCUGGUCAGAGAGUGGGGAUUGUUACAGGGCUGCAACUCCAUGUGUGCCGAUUACCUCUUCCAGCCGGAUAAACAGUACGACGUUACAUACGAUACGGGUGACAAGGCCAUUCAGUGUGGACGGCACGUCGACAUCUUCAAGUUCUGGCUCAUGUGGAAGGCAAAGGGAACAGUAGGGUUUGAACAGCACAUUGACAACUGCCUGGAUCUGUCAGCGCACCUCUACAAUAAAGUGAGGAACCGAGAGGGCUUCGAGAUGGUGUUCGAUGGAGAGCCGCAGCACACUAAUGUGUGUUUCUGGUACAUUCCACCGAGUCUGCGCGGCUUACCUGACGGCGACGAGAGGCGGGAGAGUUUGCACAAGGUGGCCCCAAAGAUCAAGGCGAUGAUGAUGGAGUCGGGGAGCACGAUGGUGGGUUACCAGCCGCAGGGAGACAAGGUCAACUUCUUCCGCAUGGUCAUCUCGAACCCCGCUGCCACCAGGUCAGACGUGGACUUCGUGAUCGAGGAGAUCGAGCGACUGGGCGCCGACCUGUAAGAGCCGCACCGAAAGCCAUUCAGCCGCCACUCCGCAAAGCACUGAGCCGGGCGUCAUUUCCCUUUUGCCUCAUAAAGACGUUGAAUGUUACUUACAGAUCUUCUCUGGCAAUGUACAAGAAAUAACA